CAUGCCUCGAGAGGUCUACGUUUCCAUAUCGCCAACAUACCAUUUGGACCCUUUGAACCUUUGCUCUGCGACUCAUCAGCCAUCACGUUGAACCAUCAAGUUUCUGAUUCGUCACUCUUACUAGUGCAACAGAUUGGCACUACAGCGAUGGUCUAAGUCGUGCACAACAAGAAGUUCCAGACAUGAAGCCUCCAAGGGCAUGCCGACAGUGCCGCGAAUCCAAACGCAAAUGUACUCGCGCGAGACUUGGCGAAGUCUGCCGCUCAUGCCAGCAAAGAGAACUGAGAUGUGAUGGCGCGUUGCCAAAAAGCGCUUUGGGCAAUGGAACUCUCGCGGAACCAGAGGUAAGCGAGGAGUUGCCAAUCAUGAUUGCUGCAGACAAGAGCCAUGAUUAUUGCCUCGUGAUGGACUUACCACAGGAGACAACAGUCCAGCUUGUCGAAUACUAUCUAGAGAAGGUCCAUGACCGGGCGCAUAGCAUUUUCCAUUUGCCCACUUUGCGGACUCAGUUGAAAGAUGGGACUUUAAGCAAGCCAGUCGUCUAUGCCAUCUGUGCCAUCGGAUCAAAAUUCUCUUCAAAUUCUAAUCUUCGCAAUCUCGAAGCGCCCCUUACAGCUCAAGCCAAGCAUCUACUACAGGCACAACUCGUAGAUAUCUGCCUCGAAAACAUACAGGCUUGCAUCUUGGUUUCUGUUCUGAUGGCAGGCAGUUGUGAAACCACUGUGGAAGCCUUUUUCGUUCGUAAGAAUACAUUUUCUUAGUUCUUUUUUGUUUCACCUUUACCUUUCUUACAUACCUGUAUGUAGCACGGUUGGUUGAACACCUACCCAACGCUACGCAGUACCUGUGAAUCAUG